UAAAAUCGUUAUCAGAAGUCAAACGUUAAUUUGAACACAAAAUUUUUGUUUCAAUCUUUAUACAUAUAUGAUUUCUAUAUAGGGAGCAGCUUACCAAAAAAAUAAAAAUGAAAUAAAUAAAUAAAAAACGUGAGAUUGUAGCUGUGCGCACCACCAUAACUGAAUAACUGAAUUAAGUAACGAAUCUUUUUUCUCUUUUUUUCUCUAUGAAACUCCAUUUCCCCCCUUUCUCAUGAAGCUCCUCUAAAAUUCUAAAUCCAAUAUUCCAUUUCCAUACAGAGACCUCUCCUUUCUUUCUUGAUUCUAUCUUUAUUAAAAGAUUCUGAUUCAAAGAUUGAGAGAGACCCAUAAAAAUGUCAAAAUCUGGAUUACAAUUCCACAGAAAUUAUUGUAUAUUCAGAAUCAGAACAUUAGUUUUUUUGUUGUUGAUGAUUUUUCCAGAUGGGUUAAGUGUUGGAGUGAACUGGGGAACUAUGGCUACUCACCAGCUCCCACCAGAGAAAGUUGUUAAAAUGCUUCAAGAAAAUGGGUUUCAUAAAUUGAAGCUUUUUGAAGCUGAGGAUAGGAUUUUGGAAGCUCUUAUUGGGUCUGAUAUUGAAGUUAUGUUGGCUAUUCCCAAUUCAAUGUUGCAACUUAUGAGUCAAAAUCCUAGGGCCGCUGCUUCUUGGGUUGAUUCUAAUGUUACUGCUUAUACUUAUCAUGGUGGUGUUAAAAUCAAGUAUGUUGCUGUAGGCAAUGAGCCAUUUCUUAAGUCUUACAAUGGCACUUAUCUUCAGUUAACAUUGCCUGCCCUGAGGAAUAUCCAAGCAGCCUUAAAUGAUGCAGGGCUUGGUUCAAAGGUCAAAGCUACUAUUCCUUUCAAUGCUGAUAUUUACAACUCCCCGGACUCAAACCCGGUUCCAUCUGCAGGCGAAUUCCGUCCCGACGUUCGAGAUUUAACGAUCGAGAUUCUACACUUCCUAUCCAUAAACAAUGCACCUUUCACAGUCAAUAUCUACCCCUUCCUUUCCCUAUAUGGAAAUGACUACUUUCCAAUGGACUUUGCAUUCUUUGAUGGAACAUACAAGCCAAUCAAAGACGGAGAUCUAACGUACACCAAUGUGUUCGAUGCAAAUUUCGACACACUCGUUUCAGCUCUAACGAAAGCAGGAUACCCUGAUAUGAAGAUCAUAGUAGGAGAAGUUGGUUGGCCAACCGACGGUGACAAACACGCCAAUAUCCAAAAUGCAAAACGGUUCAACCAAGGAUUGUUAAGACAUGCUUUAAGUGGAGAGGGAACUCCAGCAAGGGUAGGCAUAAUUGAUAUCUAUCUCUUUAGUCUGAUCGAUGAAAAUGCUAAAAGUAUAGAACCAGGGAGCUUUGAAAGGCAUUGGGGAAUAUUUGAAUUUGAUGGUAAGCCAAAAUAUGAACUAGAUUUGUCUGGAACAGAAGAAGAAAAAGGGUUAAUACCAGUUGAAGGAGUGAGAUAUAUGGUAAAAAGAUGGUGUAUUUUGAACCCAAAUGUGAAUGAUUGGGAAGGUUUGGCUGAUAGUAUAGACUAUGCUUGUAGUUUAUCAGAUUGUACUGCAUUGGAAUAUGGAUCUUCUUGCAAUCAAUUAACUGCACAAGGAAAUGCUUCUUAUGCAUUUAAUAUGUACUAUCAAGUGAACAGCCAAAAGAGUUGGAAUUGUGAUUUUGAUGGUUUGGCUGUGGUGACUCAACAAGAUCCAUCUUAUGGAAACUGCCAGUUCCCAAUUAUGAUUGAUUAUGCUUCUUCUUCAUAUUCUCCAUUUCUGUUUGAUGAAAGAUUUUUAGAUCUUUUGGUUGAAGUUUUUAUGGGAUUUAUGGUGUUUUUGAUUCUGGAAUAUGAUUGGUGAUGGAUUUGAGAAUGAUUUUUGUGAGGAAUUCGUUAAGAUUUGGAAGUUGUUGAUCAAAGUUUUCUCAUGUUUUGUGUAUAUUACAAUAUAUGGAUAUUAUCCUCUGGACACGGCAGAAUUCUUCUUUUGCCAAAUUGUUUGUCAUGUAUGAUAGAUUCAAAUUUUGGUUUCUUUUUAUUUCA